GAGACAUUGUGGGCUAAAGAGAGGGCUGGCCCUGAUUAAAAAACAUCAUGAUGGGAAGUGCCAGUGUGUUCAAGCAGAGACAGUGAGGCAUGUCCUCCUAACAUGCAUGCACCAUCUAUAAAGAACAAAGGAAGAAUCUGUACAGUGACCUUACAGACCUGGGAGAAACCAUCUUCAAUAUAUCAACUCUACUAGCUCAAGGAGACCCGGAACGAACUAAGAAACUGAUGGAAUUUCUUCUGUCCACUGAUGGAUUUAAGGUCUAAAUAAAUACUGACUUUCGACUGUGGGGGGGCAGCAAUACGCCUUUGGUGCGUCUAGUCUACCUUAUCAAAAGAAGAAGACGAAGAAGAAGAAGAAGAAGAAGAAAAAAAAGAAGACAGACAGAACUCAGGGCUAAAGCGCCCAUUGACUGUAGGACCCGUAUUUCCACUCUGGUCUUGUUUCCGUCUCCAAACAGCAACCGUCAGUCCGCUGUUAGCCGCUGUUAGCCGAGAGUUGAGCCGCCUCGGGUCCGUCUGAACAAACUGAAAUGAGUCCGCACACGGUCACCGGGACUUGCUAGAUACCAGCUGCUUAUACCGCUGCUCCUCGAAAGGCUAACUAGCUGUUAGCUGCUAGCACCUGUAGCGUUACCUUCCUGUGAAACGGAGCCUGCUAACAGAGCUAAAAGGCUAGCUGCUGCGUUUCUCAAUCUGUUUGUUUGUUUACUCUGAUGAAAACACCGGGAAGGAGCCGCGAGCAUGGACACACACCUGUCGAGCAAAUAACAGCAUCAUCUGUUGGAAGAAGUUGAGUCCAUCAGCUCUCAGCUCGCUGUGAAUCAGACUCUGUGGACACCUUCAUCACCUGACUUGAGAUCAGAGUCUUCCCUUUUGCCCUGAGGUCACCUUCCAGCCGCCAUGCUGACCUAGAGUCAGCUGAUAGUUUGUGCAGUUUGAGCAGAAUCAUCCAGAGACAGAGAUCAUGUCUGAGAAUCAGGCCAACAACAACAACGUCCCUCUCAACAACAACAACAACAACAACAUGGGACCCAACCGCAUCCGAAACCCCAACAUCAACCAGAACCCACUCAUCAACGUCAGAGACCGCCUCUUCCACGCCCUCUUCUUCAAAAUGGCCGUCACAUAUGCCCGACUGUUUCCUCCGUCCUUCAGGAGAGUCUUUGAGUUCUUCGUCCUGCUCAAGGCGCUCUUCGUCCUCUUCAUCCUCGCCUACAUCCACAUCGCCUUCUCUCGCUCGCCCAUCAACUGUCUGGAGGUGGUGAGGGAGCGCUGGCCUCGUGACGGCAUCCUGCGGGUGGAGAUCCAGAGGAACUCCAGCCGAGCCCCCGUCUUCCUGCAGUACUACGACUCCACAGGCCUCCAGGAGGAGCUGGAGGCUGAGGAGGGGGGAGGAGGAGCAGGAGGGGUUCCAGGACUAAGCCUGGCGGCGCUGCAGGAGGAAGACGAGGAAGAGGAGGAGAUGACUCUGGAGAUGUUCGACAACAGCUCAGUGCAGUUUGAGCUUGAUAUGGAGCCUCGUCUGAAGCCGUCUCUGAUUGGAGGAGGUGUUGGAGGAGGCAGAGCAGCAGCAGGAGGAGGAGGAGGAGGAGUGAACGACAGUCAGGACGUCUCCUUCAGUCAGACCACUAAAGGUAUGCAGCCGCUGAAGGACUCAGUGUCUGAGCUGGAGAUGAUGACCAGAGCAGUUUGGCCUCAGGAGGAGUACAUCGUGGAGUAUUCUCUGGAGUACGGCUUCCUGCGUCUGUCUCAGAGCACCAGACAGAGACUCAACAUCCCCGUCAUGGUCGUCACUCUGGGUGAGACGCUCAAUUCAAAUGACUCUAACACCUGUCUUCAUCAGCAGGUUGGUGAUAUCACAAUUUGGUUCUCUCCAGGGUUCUUAAGAAACGUGGUGUCUGGAGAACAUUACCGCUUCGUCAGCAUGUGGAUGGCCAGAACCUCGUACCUGGCAGCCUUCGUCAUCAUGGUCAUAUUCACUCUGUCCGUCUCCAUGCUGCUCAGAUAUUCUCAUCAUCAGAUCUUCGUCUUCAUCGUGGACCUGCUGCAGAUGUUGGAGAUGAACAUGACCAUCGCCUUCCCAGCAGCCCCUCUACUCACUGUCAUCCUGGCCCUCGUUGGCAUGGAGGCCAUCAUGUCAGAGUUCUUCAACGACACGACAACAGCCUUCUACAUCAUCCUCAUCGUCUGGUUGGCCGACCAGUACGACGCCAUCUGCUGCCACACCAACACCAGCAAACGCCACUGGCUGAGGUUUUUCUAUCUGUACCACUUUGCCUUCUACGCCUAUCACUACCGCUUCAAUGGUCAGUACAGCAGCCUGGCGCUGGUCACCUCCUGGCUCUUCAUCCAGCACUCCAUGAUCUACUUCUUCCAUCAUUAUGAGCUUCCUGCCAUCCUGCAGCAGAUUCGGAUUCAGGAGAUGCUGCUGCAGAACCAGCAGGCGGGUCAGGCCAAUCAGACGGCCCUGCAGGAUAACGCAAACAACAACAACACCGCUGCUGCUGCGGUGGCGACAACUGGACCUGCCAACACCACCCAACCAGGACCCAACACCAUCCAGCCGGGACCUCACACCGACCCCCAGACCUCCUCCUCUUCCUCCUCCUCCUCCUCUCCUGCAUCUGCAGCAGCAGGUGGAGGGGAAGUAAGGGCGGAGCUAAACUGGGUUGCUCAGACGGCCGCCAUCAUCACUGAAGCUCUGUCCUCCUCCAGCCAGCCCUCUGAUGGAGGAGGAGGUGUGUCUGGAGGUCAGGGGUCAGCAGGAGUGGCAGAGGUCAGUGUGGUGGCUGAGUUCUGGAUGGGAGGAGGAGGAGGAGGAGCAGCAGCAGGAGGAGAAGCAACAGGAGGAGGAGGAGCAGGAGGUGAAGAUCCCAACAUUGUUUCAGUUGAAAUUAAAAGCACAGCAGGAGGAGCCGAUCCUCAAACCAGCCCCCCUAUCAGAGGGCUUCAGGCAGAGGAGGCGGGGCCAUCAGAGGCCACGCCCCCACAGACAGACUGCCCCCCCUCACAGAGUGCAGGUACAGACUGGGACUGCAGAACAGCACAGAGCCCGUCCUGAGAGUCCAGGUGUCGUCCUGCUGACAUCAUCGGUACCUCAGUCUGUCAGCCAAUCAGGGUGAUUGAUCAGUGAUCGGUCCGUCACUGACUUCAGAUCAGCUGAACCAAUCACAUUUUAUUUCCUGUUUUAAACCAAUGUCAGAUUGAUCAAUCAACUGUGUGAGGUCAAGACAGAGCGACGUUCUUCAGAUGAUCAGUCACAUGAUCAGUCUGAUGUCAUCGAUCCAAAGAUUAUUCAUCUCAUUAAUAAUCUGUCACUUAUUGAUUAACCAGCUGAUUGUUUCAGCUCCAAAUGUCCAGUGUGUUGUUUGUCAUUCAGGAUUACAGAUUACAGAUUACAGAUUACAACCAGUUGAAACUUCUCCUGGUCAGAAUUCCUUCAGUGUUGAUUGUUGAGGAGCUGAGUUAUCCUCAGAGGUCUCUUCCUCUCAGAAACACAC